AGAUGAAAUGAGAUCAUCAACAGCUCGAAGCGGCUCUCAAUCAACAGAUGACCGCCGAUCGGUGGUCUCGGGAAAUUCCGGCUCCGCUUCAACGAUUAUAGCGGACAGUCUGGCUUCUGGGAAGACCGCCACGUCACAGCUCAGAAAAUUCACCGCCGGGGUUGGACGUCCAGGACUAGCACGUGAAGCUCGUGACGCCGUAAGAGCAGCUCUUGUUGCUCAAAACCCGCUGAGAAAAGAACCGAUCAGCGAGCCUGUCAACUAUGAGAAAUUCAUCAACGAACGGAGCAUUCAACUAGAAAAUGAUCCUCAACGAGAGAUUGUGCUUUUUCCAAGAGACGAUAUUGAAGAAUCCUCUACUCAACAGACAUGCGAAACAGCAGUUCCAAUGGUGAAGCCGAACGAUAUAAAACAGGCGAAAUGGCUUCUGACACGAGAAGCUCUGCGAUUUUAUACCACCGCUCAUCGAUCGAUUGUGUUCAACUAUUCGAAGUUUUCAGGCGAUUAUUCGGCGAAUAAUACAUCUUCUGCAAUCGAAAACGAGACCCUCUCUUCAUUGGUUUUCGAGUCGGAUAUGGCUUUAGAAGACGAACGAGCCGCAUUUGGAGCAUCUUCGAACGGAGCAGUUGGUGUUGUAAAGGAGGGAAAUCUGAAUGUGCUCAAAUCGGAUCCGCCGACACUUUUUGAUAAUUUAAAGUCAUCCUCCGCAAAACGUCGUUACUGUAUUCUCCGACGCCAUGAAGGUGGUGAAUGUACCUUUGAAAUCCGAAAAACCGCACAAGAAGCUCCAAAAAUGCUCCCGCUGAAAGUCUCAGCGGCUCAAAUAAAAUCGACGAAAAAAGGAAAAACUGUGCUGGAAAUACGUGGAAGUGACGCGGAUAAAGCGGCAAUUUUAUUGGAGAGUGAAGAGACGCAGAUGUUGGAAGAAUGGCUUGUAGCAUUACAUACAGCUAUUGCUUUGGCUAAUAAGGAAGACGCAAUAUCAAUAUGCUCGGAACUCGACACAAAAGGCACCGGAUCGAAGCUUCUGGAUGUCAACGCGGCUGCCACGUCAUCAUCCACCUCGGUGGGUGGUGGAAGAUCAAAAGGAGCCGACACGGAGAGUAUUGGAUCAGAAGAUAGCUCAAAUUCUCGUACCAGCGAAAUGCAACCAUGGCGUGGCCGAAAUUCCGCCGCCCGAGCUCUUCAGCCACCAAUUGUCGACCGUCGGAACAUGUUCUCAUUGUAUUAUCGUCUCCAGCCUCUUCCACAAUCUCCACACGAAUCGUCCACAAUUUUGCCGGGAAACUCCUCGAAACGUGGCUCAGCAGAUGCUCCAAUUUUCAGCUCAAUGUCGCCGGUUAAAAUGCGAAAAACCAGUGGCUCACUGAAGCGAAAUGGUGCUCAGAGCUCCCUGAUCAGCUCCACCGGAACCCCAUUUCUCAUCUCUCUAGACUUCCACGGACUCCAUCUCCGUCUACCAAAUCUCAGUGGAGUUCUCCAACAAAUUGAGCCAUUUUUCGUCAGAUUCUUUGUUUUUGACGCACUGGAAGCUCGCCGAGCAUGCGAAGAAUUUCAGAUUCUUGUCAAUGGUGAUGAGCUUCAUCUCACUGAGCCUGUGUUUGAUUCGAGCUGUAAAGUUAAUGGAAUUCGUAGAUCACUGCUAGUAGAUCGAGCAGCUUCGCGGGCUCUUUUGCAAUUACCACCGACUACUGUGAAUCAUAGAGAUUUGUGGAUUGUUUGUCGCGUUGAUCGGAUUCUGUCAGCGGAUACUGCUGCAGAAUUGUACAUGAAUUCCAGAUCCUCCUCCGACCCAAAAGCCGUCGCAAAGCUUCAAAAGACAGUUUCAAUGUCACUGACCCGCCUCGCAGGACAUCGACAACGAUUCGCAUGGACAGCUAAACCACUAUUCCCUGAACUUCGGAGCAAUGACUCAUCAACGAUCAGCUCGACGACGUCUCCGAUGCUUUCUUCAUCAACUUCAACACUAUCUGGAUGGUCAAAAAGUGGAGCAGAUGCUCUUCAAUUGUACAGAUGUGAAGGAAAUCGAUAUAGUGAUGGAGAUUUACAGAAGAAUCUGAUGGAAUUUAAUAAAUUGGAGAGGCAGAGCAAAAUGAUUAUUCCGAAUGCGACGGUUUCGGUUUCGGUGAACACUAGAGCCAGUGUUAUUGAUUAUUUGAAUCGCGUUAACCCGUCCCUCUACCCACUGAAUCCCUGGAAACCAGAAGAUCCAUCAAUGACACCGCCCGUCUUUCAGCUUCAAUCAUUCGGAGAUCAACCAUCUCAACCACAUACAUCACUCACAAAUCUUCUCUACAUUUAUCCGUUGGCACUGAAAUACGACUCACAAAAAGCCUUCUCAAAAGCUCGCAACAUCUCGUGCACAGUAAGAUUUGUCCGUGGAGAAGAGGCGAUUCCAGAGAAGGCAAUGGUAGAUCGAAUGUCCGCUGCAGGACCCUACUGUAUCUCUUCUACAUGUGCAGUUCAACACCAUCAACAGAAUCCUGUAUUCGGAGAAGAGAUGAAAGCUCAGCUGCCACUCAAUCUAACAACAUCUGAUCAUCUUUUAUUCUCGUUCUCUCAUAUCUCAGUAGCCGGCAAUUCAAAUCUCAAAGCUUCGGAGUCAACGGAGACACCGAUCGGAUACUCUUGGUUACCGUUGGUCUGGAAGAAGGAUCGACUUGUGAUGGAGAAUGAUGAACAGGAAUUUGCACUGCCUGUGGCGAUUGAUUUGCCACCGAAUUACUAUCGAUCGAAGCCGACGGGAAUGGGAAAAGGGGACGAAACCCUCUCAGAAGUCCGCUGGGUUGACCAAAAGCCUCUAUUCCGUGUUCGUCUCCGCCUGGUCUCUUCCGUAUUCACCACUGACGCGAAGCUUCAGACAUUCUUCCAGGCAUGCGAUCGGCUCUCCGCUAAGGGAAUCAUCGGAGACGCUGCGGAUAGUUUGAAGAGAAUGGUCAAGUCGAAAUCGUCAUCUCCACCGUCUGAUCUUCUCCACCAUCCACGGUCCUGCUCUCCGAUCGCUGAUUCUCUGCAAAGAUCCCAUUCACUAGAGGAUCCGGAUCAGAACCCGCACAUGAAGCACCUUCUGCAGAGCAUACGUCUCCUAUCCGAUGUUCCGUUCGAUCGUCUGCUUGUCUACCUCCCGAUUGUGCUCGGUCGCCUGUUCGCAAUUCUCCCGCAAGCACCCACUGAACAGCUCGCAAUUGCAACUUUGAGAUCGAUAAUCUCGAUUUGCGACAUGUGUUGUCAAAAUGGAAAACCGCAAGUCGUCCGACGAUUCGUCAAAUCACAUUUCUCGGAUUCGGUGGCUCGUGAGCAAUUUGUGUCACACGAGACGACGAUCUACUCGGCCAUUUGCAGGCAUUUGCCGACACUGAUGCGAGAGCUACAAUCGGAGCCCGAGCAGCUCGCCCAACUCUACCUUCAACUCUGGGUGCUCACCGACGCCGUCAUCAAGUCGAUGGCACAGACAAUGUGCUCCGAGCAGCUCAAUAAGACCUCCCAACGGGAUCGCUUUCCGCAAGAAAUUCUCGAACAAAUGGGACAAGUACUCGAAGUCGGUGUACCGCAAAUUGUGCUGAAACACAAGGAAAUGCGAGAGGAGAGUCGGUGUGCGAACCUGGCGUUGGCAUAUUUUACGAGGUUCGCGAUGAGUUUUGUGGAUCGAGGCGUCGUAUUCCGGUGGAUUCACUUCUACAUUUCGCGGCUCGACGACACGGAUUAUCGAGCUCUUCGCGACUAUAAGACGGACCUUCUGGAAAUUUUAUGCCUUCACGAACACCAUGUGCCUUUGAAUUUGCCCGUUUUAAUUAAUGCGGCCGCUCAGAUUCAACGGUUGAACUACUCGGGCGGUGUGGUUGACACACAGAUGCAGACGACUAAUGCAAGUGGGAGUGGAUUCCUGUCACGUUUCUUCAAUCAAAUAUUCAACACGCCGACGCUGGAAACCAACGAGACUGAUCGUUACGCCUCAUGCUCGGGAGAAUGGCAUCUGAGCCCCGCUUUUGCACAGAAUCACUUUAUCGUCGGCCUGCUCAUGCAGGAGCUCGUCGCGUGUAUACGGGAGACGAAGGACUACCGAAAACGGCCGAUCUCUUUGUUGAGAAAUCUGUUGGCCAAGCAUUCGUUUGAUAAGAGAUAUGGUGAUAUGACAAUUCAACGCCGAAUCGCGAUGCUCUACGCCCCAGUGCUCACAUUUGCACUCGAUCAUCUUCACGAAUUCGAUUCUGAGGAUAUCGAUGACGUGGAUGCCACACCCACAGGCUACCGUAGUUUUCCCACUUCGGGAGGACCACUUCCACCAUCAAGCAGCACAACGAAGACCCUUUCCAAGUGGAGAACCGUGAAUCGAUAUACGGAUGUGCAACAAUUCUCACGGGGAAGCCCGAUACGAACGUCAAGCCCAGUGCCUUCCACGCAGACGACGCCUUCCAGGCCACCGCAGAUGCCUCCACCGCCGCCUGCGAGUGGAAAGACAAUUCCACCUCCACCAUCGUCGUCGACACCUCUUGUGGAGAAACUGACCGAAGAUGAGAUUCAGGACAUUUUGAUAUGCUGUGUAUUCAUACUUCAACGAAUGCCUAAACGAAUUCUUGCGGCUCUUUGGACAGAAAAUGAUGGAGCAAAUGCGGAGAAAAUGAUACGGCUUUUGGAGUUGAUUGUCGACGUUUUUAGAUACCGUGGAAAAGAGCACGCGUUGCGUCGAACCGCUGCCAACUCGAAAACGCGAUCCUUGUUCACGCUGAACUUGCCGUCGAGAAUCUCGUCGGGCUCCACACCGAAUCGAAUAUCCGCUGAAAUGAUGAUGGCCGCCGGUGCAGGCGAGGAUGAUCCGAAUUCCUCAGGCACCACCAAUCCGAUCCCAUUCCGUGUGCUCCAGCUCGUCAAUCUCUCACAAGAAGUCGCCCUAAUCGUGCUCGACGUGGCUCAAACCUUUGCUCAUCAGCUCGCCUCCUCCCAACGACACCGUCACUGUCCACAAUCGGAUGCUCUUUUCCACUCCCUACUCGCUCUUCAUCUCCGAUUGGCCGAUGAGCAUUGGAGUGAGACUGUCCGUUUGCAUGUGAUCGCCGGACUCGCUCUCUUCGUCAAUCUAUUCCGUGCGAGGCUUUUCGAAGGAGGACCACUGGAGCCGUUGUACAUGCUCAUUGAGAAAGUGCUCAUUCAGAUGGCUUCGCGUCUUCCAGCUGUACAGGCAGCAGCUGCUGCCCUUCUCCAGCUGAUUCUCCGGAACGGAUAUGAGGUUGCUCAGGGAUACUUUGCGAGUCAAGUUCUCGCGCAAAGUGUGUCUCCUUCGAGCUCCAAGAUCAAUCAACAGGCUGCAACGAGGAAAGGUGUCUCCAGUGAACGACUCGGUCGGCCUGGAAGUCAGACUGGGGUCGCGUUGGCUCGACUGCUAGGAUUCCAGUCUGUCUUGUCGAAUUCCGCUGCAUUCGAGCGAGGCCUCGCUGCAGUUGAGGCUCUUGUGGAUACACGAAAAGCCACUUCAUUCGAUUUGGCUGUGCUUGACCUGCUUCGUCAGCUCCGAGGAGUGAUGACAGCUACCGUUGCACUCAAAGACGCGGCGAAUGAUCCGAUUCGCCUUGCCGAUCUGCAUUUACAGCUUGCAGACAGCUAUCGAGGAAGUGCGGCGUUGAGAAGUGCGUGGUUCGAUACACUGGCUGAGAUCUACGAACAGGAUCGAUGGUUUGCCGAAGCGUCAGUGUGUCACGCGCAUUCGGUGGCGAUUAUUGCCCGGGAAUUGGAGGAAAGGAAGGAGCUUGAAGUCGACUGGCGUGUCUUCGAUUGGAUCAACAAUCGCAUCGCCGAAACGGAACAAUCACAGGGCGGCGAUGCUGGCAGCGUUCAGCCAGCCGGCUUCACCACCGACAAUCUUGGUGCAAAAAUCGAUAAGACCGCGGCUGCGUUGAUGCUCGCCGAGCGUUUUGAGGCGGUCGGACCGCUUUACCGGCUGAUUGUGCCUGUCUUGGAGAAGAAUAUGAAUUUUACGUCGCUGGUCAGUGUGUACGCGGAGCUUCAACAAACGUACAGUCGAGCCGCCGAGGUGCGAAGUAGUGGAAAACGACACUUGGGCGCCUAUUUCAGAGUUCGAUUCAACGGAGAACGGCAUUUUGGCUCGGAACACAACACUGACUGGAUUUAUCGUGAAGCUGGCCUCACAUCACUUGCCGCCUUUGCUCUCGAGAUUAAGGAAAAAUGUCAACGACAAGUGGGCCACGAUCGGGUCCAAAUUGAGGCAAACGAGCAAUUGGAUUUGUCGAAAAUCGAUCCGACAGUAGCAUAUGUACAGAUUACGCAUGUUGAACCAUCUAUACCUGCCGCAGCUGGAAUUGCCGAUCAACACCGAAACGACUUCCUCGUGCACACAAAUCUCUCUGAAUUCUCGUACGAGUGUGCAACAAUUGAAAACGAACGAAAAGUGUCAAAAGAGCCGGCAAUUCAUGAGCAAUGUCUCAAACGAACUGUUCUCCGAGUAUCUCCAUCCCCGGUUUCUGAAGAUUCUCGAGCUGCCACCGGUUUCCCGGCAACUAGGCGUCGGCUUCCCGUUAUUUCAGUGCACUUUGAACAGUUCUCACCGCUGGAAUUCGCUUGUCAGAAGCUUAAUACGAAAGCCGAACAAAUUAGAAAAACGCUGAAUGCGGCGUCAAAUGGACGACAAUUGGAUGUCAAGGGGCUGCAGCUCUUGUUACAGGGUGCCGUGUUACCGACAGUCAACGCCGGACCGCUCGCCUACGCAGAAGUGUUCACGAAAGAAGAACAACGAGAAAGAUAUGGAGACGAUGGGCUUGUCAAGUUGAGAGAGUCGUUUAGAAACCUGAUGAACUCUUGUCAAUUGGCAAUUGAAGCAAAUGCAUCGGCAAUCGGAAGUGAUCAACAGACGUAUCAUGAAGUUCUUGUUUCCUCAUUUGACGCAAUGCAUGAACGACUUCAAACGUUCUUUGGAGCAUCUCUACGCGGAAGCCUCGAACCUGAUGGAUCUUCACAAUUCCCGCCACGUUCCGCAAUGCACAUAUUGGAUAUGAUGGGCGGAGUCAGAAAUUGAAUAUGUAUUUAUUGAUUAUUGAUUAUUAUUUCUAGCAUUUUUAUUGAUUUAUUGAGCUUUUCCCAGAUUUCCCCCACCCCCCAACAACAAAUGACUGAAAACAUUAAACUUUCAGUCAAUUUUUAACUUUAACUUUUCGCAUUUACUUCUCCCUUUUCCCCAGUUUUCUCUCUCUCGCUUUUUAUGGGUAAUUUCUACUUUUUUCGGCUAUUUUCUUGUCUCGCAGCUUUGUUCGUUGUGAAGCUAUACAACAUUCCAAGGAAUUUAAAUGAAUGAAAUUUCGAACUUUUU